AUGGCCAUUCCCAUGUGUGGAGCCACGGCCAGGGCGGUCGCCCUCAUCUCGGAAUCAACUCGUGUCUCUUCCAGUGGUACCGGGCUAUCGCAAAAAGGCAAUGGAACGCUCACUGCGACUCCUUCUGGAUCGACGCGGCUUGCUUACCGGACGAUUAUGGCUUGCGGAGAGAGGCCAUCGCCAAUAUCAACAAAGUCUUUGGUAACGCAGUAGUGGUCUUGGUGAUCGACAGAGGCAUCAUGGAAUGCGUUGCAUCAAACAGCGAAGAAGACAUGGAACUAGUUCACAAUGCCUGACGAAAGAGCGAGUGGAACAAAAGGGCGUGGACGCUGCUGGAGGGCAUCCGUGGCAGCGAGCAGCUGCAUCUGCUCUGCGCCAAGAACCGGGUCAUCUCGGUGGUAGACACGGCCAAGCGGAUAAAGCGUCUAGAAAAGGUGAGACGCCUGGGCAGAAAGAAACCCGAACUCCUCAGCCUCUUUGAGGACGCCUCGGCCGGUCACAGCUUACCCUUUGAGGGAGGCGGAACUCUCCUCGCGGAACGCACGGCUUCGAGGCCAGGCGAUACUGCCGUGAUAUGGAGCCUGCUUUGUCCCAAAGCAUGCGGGAAAGAAAUCUACUACGAUAUGGCUGAACUACUCAGGAGAGUUGCUCAGGGUACUGGCAUCCGUACCUAUUUGCUCACGGCAACCAUGCCACACCUCGAGGUGUCCGGGCUUCACUGGGGUCCGACAGACGCCAAAACCAGCAAGUUUGGGUACAGGUACUCGAGCGAACAGUUGGACCAAAGUGAACUCGCGAAAUGCUGUGACGACUCCCAAGGCUUGGCCGCCGGAUGGUUGGUCUGGGAAUUGCAGUCCCAGUCAUACCAGCCUGCAUACCUCACAUUAUCGGCCCUGGAGUAUGUUGAGCAGAUAGAUUUAUCAACCUGCUUGCGGAGCGGCCAGAGAGUUGCUCUCUUACAGGCUGGGAACGAGCGAGGCCGGCUCUGUCAUGACAGCCUCAGCUACAUUACCUCCCAUCGCCUGGUCGCAGUGUGCCUUUGGAGUCGGGACCAACUGGAUAA